AGGUACAUCCAGGGUCUACAUGUGCUGUAUUUGGUUUGGGUUGCGUUGGACUUGCGGCUGUCAUGGGUUGUAAAGCAGCUGGUGCGUCCCGUAUCAUUGGAGUGGAUAUCAACAAGGACAAGUUUGACCUGGCUAAAGAAUUAGGAGCAACUGAGUGCAUCAAUCCCAAAGAUUAUGAUAAAACCAUUGAACAAGUACUUCAGGAGAAAACUGGUGGUGGUUUGGACUAUGUAUUUGAAUGUGUUGGUAACACAAACACUAUGGUAUGUGCAUCACACCUUACUAUGAAGAGCAAAAUUACUUAUUAUUCAAGGAUUACUUUGUAGCCUGACAAAAAGUUUUCUGACAUUUCACUUUCCAUUCCAUAGUUCUGAAGGUUGCCUACCCCAUCCCAACUUUAAAUACAUAUUUACUAGUCUACAUUUUUCUAUAUUUUGUCAACUCACUAUAGCCCUCAAAAUCCAUUUUCCCUCCAGGUUGCAGAUUGCUUCAGAAUCAUAAAUGUGUUUUCAAACAAUAAUUGCAUACUUUUUACAUUGCAGGUUGCAGCAAUAAAGUCCAGCCAUUUUGCAUUUGGAACGACUGUAAUUGUUGGCGUUUCUGAUAAAAAUGAAACGAUUACCAUUGAUCCAAUGAUUUUUUUGACUGGACGUAAAAUGGCAAGUUCUAUUUUGGGAGGUAUAGUAUUUUUAUCUCACUAUAAUUUAUUUUUUACAUACCACCAGCAGAUUCUACUACAUUUUACAGUGUAACAUAAUUACAAACAAGUUGAUGUUUAAUACAUGUUUUAUAAAGUUUACUAUACCAUAUAUUUAGCUAUCUACUACUACAUAAGCACACAGAGACUGUUGCAAGUUGAUAAUGUAGUAGCAGGUACCCCCAGGCAUUAAUAGGGUUGUAAAAGAAGGAAGCAUGUUACAAGGACAAUAUGUGGUAGGAAGCAUUAAGGAGUAUUGGAAAACAGGAGCAGCACAGGCAACGUCAUAAAGGUAAGAAUGUCAAAAUAUAUCAAGAGUCAAAGUAAAGAAUUCCUAUACGGAACAUAGAGAGGAGGUGGGAGAGUAUUAUUCAUUAUUACAUUCAUUAGAAUUAGAUAUUUUUAACACUGCAGUUUUAAGGUUGUAUGCACUAUUAUCACUAAUGUACCCAUAUGUAUUAUUGAUUAUGUUACCAGCACUUCAACUACUGUCUAAAAGAUUGAGAAACCCUUACUAUUUGGUCAGUCAGUAAAAGUAUUUAUAAAAGAGAUACAUUGGUAAUAAGCCAACAGGAUUCAUAAUAUAUCAAACCUCCAAUUGUUUGCAAAUGACAAUGCCACUGAAUCUUUACCAGCCAAGAUUCAAAAAUCUCAAGCGUGUUGCAGUUUGCUAGCCAAUUGAGGCCCAGCAUUUGAAAAUAAAGUAAACGAGAGAAAGAAAAUAUAUGGUGAAGCCAAGACUCAAAAUUGUACAUCUUAUACUACUAGUCAGCCUGAUAAUGGACUUGCCUUUGAAAGUUUGGGUCCAUGACAACUUAGCAAGGUAGAAUUCAGGGCUGAAUUUUCAUUCACCUAAUGGUAGAGAGGAAAUAUUGAUCCCUGGUAAAACCGUGAUUAAAUACAGUACACAGAGUCUAACAGUAUCCUCAGCUUAGUAAUAGCUUCUCUUUGUAUAAUAUAAUGUGUAGAGCACAGUUUUCUGAUGGAUGAUGUUAAUUCUUGUGCUAUCCCCUUUGUGCUUUUAAAAGCAUAACUCAUUCAAUAUUUCAAUCAACUCAGAUCUUGAAAAUUAACCUGAGUAUAAUUUACCUUUACAGAAUAAUGUUCAUUGAGAUUUCAAAUCUGUUAAAGGUAGGUUGAAGCUAAAGAAUAAAACCAAUGUAGAAGUCAAAUGCUUAAGGCAAAUCACAGGCAGCUUUAUAUUACCCAACACAUGGAAUAUACGAUAUAUGUAAAUUAGUUAUAUAUGUUUACUUUUAACACAAUAAAUUUGUUAUUUAGGGUUGAGGGUCAAGGAUGCUAUCCCAAAAUUGGUUACCGCUUACAUGGAAAAAAAGGUUGAUGUGGGCAAGCUGGUGACACACAGACUACCUUUUGAGGAAAUCAAUAAAGGAUUUGACCUUUUGCAGUCUGGUAAAAGGUAUUUGUUUUAUACUUGCGUUUUGUAAGCUUAAAUUAACUAAAUAUCAGUUUCAUCUCUUGUGCUUUGACAUCACACUGAUAUCAUAUAGUGGAAUAUGACAAACUAUUUUACUUCCAUGAGCUAUGGCUAGUGAAAUAAGCAAAUCCCUUAAGGGGCCCUUACUGACCACUACAGAGUAUUGAAGGGUUAACCUACCUCUAGAGGCACUUCCAGAUGGUUAAGUGACUUUUGGUCACCUACCUGAUGCUGGACAUCCUCAUGCUCUGGCUGAGAACAUCCAGCAUCUCUAAAUCCCCAUUGGAAAACAUGAAGCAAUGCUUUCCUAUGGGCUAGUCCUGAUGUGAGUGUGGUGCUCAGCGCACAUGCACAGGUCCCACUGCCGGCUGAUGUUGGUGGAGGAGUGGAGGCAGAGUCUGACCCAGCCCCGAAGGACAUUGGUGCUGGACUGAGGUAAGGGACAGAAGGGUUUUUAACCCUUCCAGUGCUGAAGGUGCAUUGUUCUAUAGUGGUAGGAAAACAAGUUUGUUUUCUUAGCACUAUAGUUUCCUUUUAAGUAAUUCACAUUUGCUAAACUACAAGAACAUAUUUACUGCUGUACAAUCAUUAAAUUAGCUAUAGUGUAAUUUGCUAUUUCAAAUAAGACAGCUAUAUAAUUACCCUUAAUGGAUUUUGCUUAUUCCACAUGCUUCAUUUUUACUGAGCACUCGUUUCUUCACUUUGCUUACAUGUCAAUCUUAGGGUGGGUUGUGUGAUUGUAAUCUAGAAGGGGGGUAGCCUGCAAUGGUUGUAUGUUAUCUCAGAGAUCUGAGAUAACUGAGGUAUUUAGCUUAGGGUCCAUACCUGGCACUGUAGGUUGUCUGUUAGUACUGAGGCAAUCUGAGGUAUGUGUUUUACUUUCAAGGACAGCUUUUGCUGUUAGGAGAUUUAUCAGUAUUUUAAAGCUUAGUAUUUCAGAGUUAGCUUCUGAUAUUAAAGGAUCACCAUAGGGUCAGGAACACAAACAUCUAUUCCUGACCCUGUUAGUGUUAAAACCACCAUCUAGCCCCCCCCGGUCCCCUUCUGCCUCCAUAAAUAUAGCAAAAUCUUACUGUAUUCAAGCCUGAAGCUGUAGAUCUGCAUGCUUUUUGCCUCAGAAAAACAAGCAGUCUGUCGACAUCAUCAGAAGUGGUAGCCUGAUCCAAUCACAGUGCUUCCCCAUAGGAUUGGCUGAGACUGACAAAGAGGCAGAUCAGGGGCACAGCCAGUACAAUUCAAACACAGCCCUGACCAAUCAACAUCUCCUCAUAGAGAUGUAUUGAAUCAAUGAAUCUCUAUGAGGAAAGUUCAGUGUCUGCAUGCAGAGGGAGGAGAUACUGAAUGUUUGGAUGCAUUUUAGGCAGCCAUGACCCAGGAAGGAUCUCUAACAGCCAUCUGAGGAGUGGCCAGUGAAGUUAUCACUAGGCUGUAGUGUAAACACUGCUUUUUCUAUGAAAAUACAGUGUUUACAGCAAAAAGGUAAGGAUUCUACACACCUGAACAAAUUCAAUAAGCUGUAGUUGUUCUGGUGACUAUAGUGUCCCUUUAACUGUGUUUAUCUCGUUUUUAAAAAUUUAUCACAUUUAAUGAAAAAAAACCUAUUCUUUCAAUCUGGGGAAUUUCCUUGCACAAAAUGAUCUCAAAUGGCAGUAUAUCCUCCAAUCACAAUAUAGCUGUUUCUUUUAAUUCACUAUUCUGAAUCUGUUUCCUGUAAGACACCCCUAUGUUGUAAUUCUUACUAUUGUUUUAUCAAUUUAUAGUAGUAUGUCAAUGCUAUUCUCUUUCAAGUUAAUAAUCAUAGAUGCACACUUUUCCUUUUCAAUAUGCUUUUUAAUUAACAUCAGCUGGAUAACAGGCAGUUUUAAUAGUGGUCUAAUUGGCAUUUCAAUAAAAAAAAUCUGUUGAGACAUGAGACACAUUGUUUAUCCUACAAACUGUUGUUAAUUUGUAUCCACAAUCCCCAGUUCUCUGUCUACAUUUUUCCAUGAAUUUAUUUUCUAUUAAAUACUUCUGUGUGAUGUGAAGUAUUACCAGUUUUUGGAUUCCCUAGUGGGAUACCUCUUCAAGUUUCUGUAGCACUGAUACUAUCUUAACUGACAACUCAGGGCAGUUUGUUCUAGACUGAAUGGUGAUUUUGGUAUUGAUGUAAAAAUAUUAAACUGAAUUAUUUAUUAUAUAAACUGCCAUUACUUCUUAAAAGAAGACCCUAAGCAAAAUAAUUACCACAUCAUGCUGUAAUGAUUAUGGCACCAUUAGUGCCCUAGCACAACCCAAUAUAAGUAGGCAAACUGUUUGCUAAAGGUUUCACUUCUUACCUGGAGUCUGCUGGGCACAGGUCUCUAUCACGCUCUGGCUGAGAACAUCCAGUUUACUACUUGAAUUGGGAAGGCACCAAGGAACUCCAGGCACCAUAUCCACUACAGCGCUCUUGAAGUACUAAAAAUGUGUAACUACAAUGUUUCAUUACUGUUUUGCUUUGCCUUUUCAGCAUUCGAACUGUUUUGUUAUUUUAACAAGAGUCAACAGAGGAAUAAGAUCACUUCUACCAACUACUCACUCUACAUACAUUUUCUUUGAAAUUCAGGAUCUGAAAGCAUUCUUAUACAGCAAUAAGCUACAAAUAAAAUAAAAUUCCUUUUUUGUUGUUAUCUUCUAUUGUGGUUAAAGGACAACUGACAUCACAUUUUUACAAAGUUUUUUUUUUACAAAUGUAUUACAUUUAAUGAAAAACAUUUUUGCACAUUAAUUUUAUUAAAAAUUUAAUUUUUCUGUCUGUCUAUCUUGUUGAGCAACCAUAUUGAGUCCGAUUCUACAGUUAUAUGACUGGUUCGCAGCCAGAAUUUUAAAAUCUGGAUGUAAAUAGAUUUUGUGAUCAAAGUCCCAAUUUUACAAUGUCUCAAUAUGCAAAUGGAUGCUUUUGCAACAUUUAGUAUGGGGUCAUUUGAACUUUACUGAACAAACUUGAACAGGAAAACUGUUUAAAUAUGACUCUCUUAUCUUUCUAGAGAGGAACCAUGAACUCAGGAAACUUGCCGUCCACCCUAAAAGUGCUCUGUCAUGUGCUGUAUAAUGUUCUCCGUUUUCUCUUUCAAGUGGUUAGCUGGAACAGAUUCCUCUUCACAAUGCACCUAUUGAGGGUAACAAGGAAAAAAACAGUUGGGCCCUGCUUGGUCCCUUUAUCUUGGGACAAGUUAAUACAAGAGCUAGGCCUGAGAGCUACAAUUGCCUUUAUUAAAGGACCACUAUAGUGCCAGGAAAACAUACUCGUUUUCCUGGCACUAUAGUGCCCUGAGGGUGCCCCCACCCUCAGGGUCCCCCUCCCGCCGGGCUGGAUGGCGAGGAAAGGGGUUAAACUUACCUUUAUUCCAGCGCCGGGCGGGGAGCUCUCCUCUUCCUCUCCGCCUCCGAUCCUCCUCUUCGGCUGAAUGCGCAUGUGCGGCAAGAGCUGCGCGCACAUUCAGCCAGUCUCAUUUAUAAUGCUUUCCUAUGGACGCUUGCAUCUUCUCACUGUGAUUUUUACAGUGAGAAGCACGCAAGCGCCUCUAGCGGCUGUCAAUGAGACAGCCACUAGAGGAUUUAGAGUCUGGAUUAACCCAUUUAUAAACAUAGCAGUUUCUCUGAAACUGCUAUGUUUAUAAAAAAAAGGGUUAAUCCUAGCUGGACCAGGCACCCAGACCACAUCAUUAAGCUGAAGUGGUCUGGGUGCCUAGAGUGGUCCUUUAAGGCAGUGGCUGAUCGUAGUAUAGGCAGGGGUGUGGAUACCUGCCUGGGUAAGGAGCUGAAGAAGAAAAGGCAGUGUGGAUAACCAUAACCAUAAUAAUUGCAAAUACAUAAAAAAAGAUAAGGUUCUCGACUGCAGGCUAGAGGCAAGCAUGGUAGCCCAGCUGAUGUUGGCAGGAACAGAAUGGAGCUACAAUGUUUAGAGCUGAAUAGAACACUCUUAGAUCAGAGGAUAAUACCAAUACAUGCAAUUUCCCCCUGUAAAAAGGUUGUCCCUACGUGACAUGGAUCUGAUGUUUAUUCUACUUAGUAGACCUUUAUUCUAUGAUCAUCCAUUUAAGUUUCUUGCCUUAUUGAAUAAACAUGUGCCCAUAUUAUGCAAUCACCCCAGCCCCAACACUUACAUAAAAAUUAUCAUAAGCAUAAAUGGUGCCAGGGCACUCCUGACACCAGCACAUUAGGAUUAGAGUAUACAUGCAUUCAAUAAGCUGUGGACUGUGACUCUCAUUACUCUUAGACACACAUAUGUUUUCUGACCCAGGAGUACCAUACAUUUGCACACUGCUAUACUAGUGUCAGUGCUUUUAAAAUGGCCCAAAAUGUGAGAUACCUUGUAUUUUUCUCUUUCGCAUGGCAUUCAAUUUCAUUGAAUUUGUGAAUUCUUAAGGUACACCAAAUUGUGACAAUAUUAUUAAUAUUUUAAAUAAAUGAUACAUCAACC